GGCGUGGCGGCCCCGAGUGUGGUUUGCUUCUGUUCUGUUCUUUUUUUUUUCUUGCUUUCAUUCUUGAUACUUUUGUUCUUGGCUGCGCCGUUGAUGAGCCAUAGAUGACCUUUUUUCUCUCUUUUUUUUCCAUCCUGGCAGCGUUCUUGAGAUAGCUUUGGGAGGCGAUAGGAAAGCAAGAGUGGAGCAUGUGGAGGGUUAGAUGCGAAGAAGGGAAAGUCCUCGCCCGGGUGGCUUGGGCUUUCUGGAUUCCCAGUUGUGAAGUUGGAGAUUUUUCAUGGUACCAUAUGGAUAUCUUCGUUGGCGUUUUCGUUUUGCGGUGGUUCCUUUAUUGGAUAUACAGAGGAGCAGGAAGAGCAGUCCCGAGCGCAGAGCGGUGGAACUCCGAGGCCUUGGAAGGAAGAGGCGCGGGCGGACGGAGGAGUCGGGCAGUCAUGCGAGAGAAGAGACUAUUGGAUCCCGGCUUCAACCUCGUGUUCUAUAGUGGCGCUGGGUGCACAAUCCGGAGGGAUGGGCGUGGGGAGGGGACAUGGGUAUCACUCAAAGUUAUUAUAUUCCCAUUUGCAUAUAUUACCGUUGUCCGCAUAUCUCUAUUGAGCCUACAGUGAAGAGUGAAUGAAGUUGCCGAAUUGCUGUCAUGAUGGGGUUGGUUCGUUGGGGGAACUUGAUGGGAACCGACCGGUGUCAUGGGUGGGCACGAAUGCUCAUUGUG